GCUUUUUUAUUGCGUUUUCCACUUGUUCUUCAUUCUUCAAUCUUCAUUCUUCAAGUUCCCUUUUAAUAAAGCUUUUGGAAAUCUCUCUUAACAAUGUUUUCUUGGGUGAAAUGGGAUUCUCUUUGUGUUGGCAAGGUGAAAGGAGGUUUAGGGGUGACGAAUCUUCAUAGGAGAAAUUGGGCAUUGUUAGGAAAAUGGUGGUUUAGGUUGUUAGGUGAUGGCAAGGAGGUUUUAUGGAAAUGGGUGGUGUGGGAGAAAUACUAUGAAGGUAGGUGGGAGGUGGAUAUUACUAUGAUACAAAUGGCAAGAGUGUCGAAGAUUUGGGAAGAUAUUAUAAGUGUUGGGGGGAAGUCACUCAGGAUAAGGGAUAUGUUUGUGAAGGGGUUUAGGUGGGAGGUAGGGGAUGGAAGUCGAGUGGGGUUUUGGAGAGAUAUUUGGGUAGGAGAUAAAUCCCUAAGGGAUUUAUGUUCGAGGUUGUUUCAGCUAGUGGGGGAUAAAGAAGGUCUGGUUAUGGAGAUGGGGAAAAGGCAGGGGGACAUGUGGGAAUGGCAUAUUGAGUGGAGAAGAGGGAGACUAGGACAUGAGCAAAGUGAGGAACAAGAGUUAUGGGAAGUGCUGAGAAGCAUACAAAUUAAGGAGGGGGUGGCAGAUUGUUGGAAAUGGAAAUAUGAUGUAGAGGGAGAAUAUCAGGUGAAGCAAGCUUACGAUUUUUUAGCUACUCCGGAGUGUAUAUUGGAGACCCAGUUUUCUCAAUGGAUUUGGUGUAGGCUAGUGCCUUCUAAAGUAGAGGAAGUAAAUCAUUUGUUUUGUACUUGUAAGGCAGCUUGGCUAAUAUGGGUGAAGGUGUUUCAUUGGUGGGGUUUGGAUGUGGUGCUGCCGGAUACAGUGCAGGGAGUGGCUAUAUUAUUUAAAUGCUGCUUGGGUAGGAUAGUGGGUAAAGAGGUCAAUGCAUCUAUUUUCCUUGUGGUGGGGUGGUAUAUGGUUUUGGAGGAAUGUUAGAGUGUUUGGGAGGGGAGGGGAAGGGAGGGGAGUUUAAGGAGCAAUUGUUGGAAAUGAUUCAAGCCAAGUCUUUUUACUGGAGGGGAGGGGAGGGGAGUUUAAGGAGCAAUUGUUGGAAAUGAUUCAAGCCAAGUCUUUUUACUGGGUUAAGAUGAAUGUGGCUAGUUGUGCUUUCUCAUAUUUCCAGUGGCAAUUCAAUCCGGGGGACUGUGCAACAACAAUAAAAAGGCACAAGAGGUGUUUGAAAUUGUUUCAUCAACAAUAUAAGGUUUAGUCAUGAUGGAAGUUUAGAGCUAUUUAUUUUGAUUUACGCUUUUGAUUCAAGAGGUUAUGAGUUUGGUUUUUGUUUCACUGCUAUUACUGUUAGUAUUAUGAAAGAACGAAUUAAUUUGUAUAAGGAUAAGAGUACCCCUUGUGCUCCAUUUAAUAAAGUUAUUUGUUUGCU